GGUUUUAACACACACAUGCACCUGUUGACAUCCAUUUUUAUUUAUAAAACAAAUGAUAAUUUAAUUAUUUUUCUAUAAAAAUAAAACAAAAGUUAAUCAGUAAUUAAUAAUAAUAAAAAACAACAAUAACAACAACAACAAUGGAUACAGUUUCACCAGGUUCAUUUACUGAUAGAAUGCUACGUCGUGCAUCAACAUCACGAGUGAGUUUUAGACAAAACACACUAUUAAAAUCAAUGGAUAAUAAACGAAAUUCGAUGAAUGAAAAUAAUGAUCGUUUAACUGAUGUAUCAGUUGUGUCAUCAUUAACAGCAGCAAUAAAUGAUAUUGAAAAUGAUAUUGAUGCACUGGGUACACCCCACGAUCUUGGUAAACAAUCAAUUGUUGACAAUAAAACACCAACACGUAAACAAUCAAAAUACAAAAGAAUAACAUCUACAGGUACACCUGAUAGUUUCAAUGAGAAAAGAAUUAGACGUACAUCAUCAAGAGUGAGUAACAGUAAAAGAACAUUGUUUGAUAAAAGUGACAGUGACAAUGAAGUUGAUGAAAAUAAUGAUUAUCAAUUAAAUGAUUCAUUGAUGCCAUCAUUAUCAGCAGCAUUAAAAGAUCUUGAUAAUGAAUGUGAUGCAUUGGGAAUAUUUCCAGCAGAUGAUUUAAAAAAACCACUUGGUGAAAUUUAUCAGCAAAAUGAUCAAUUAACAUAUAAACAUUCAAUUGAUGAUAAAAACAAGCUGCAAGGUAUUGAAAAUAUAACAAACACCAAAGACAUGUCAACAAGCCAAACUUGGAAACUACCAGAAAAUCACUGAACUUUCUUCAUCAAGAUAAUAAUGCCAUUAAAACAUGUUCAAUUGAUGCACUGUCACCAAUAUUACCAAAAAGUCCAGAAGAAAAUAUUGCACCAAGUGGUAAUUAUGAUGCUAAUAAUCACAGUGAUCUAGCAUCAGCAUUGGAAACACUGGAAAAUGUUAUUGAUGAUAACAUGAGUGCAGCAAGUGAAUUAUCAACUCACAAAAAAAAAUUUUUAAGAAAAAUAGCCAAUAGAUUUAGUGGUAGAUAAAAUGAUUUUAAAAUUGGUGAAAAUUCAAAAAUUGGUGAUAAUAAUUCAGCAAUUAUUCGUACUGCUAAAUUAUGCAGAAGUUUUUCACAAAGAAUAAAAAAGGGAUUAAGAAAUAGCUGGACAAGACGUGAAUCUUUAUCGAAUAAUUUAUCACCAGAAAUAAUUGAUAAAUUAAAUUGUAGUAAAAGAAAAAUGGAAGAAAUUGACAAAUUAUUAUUAAACAUAAAAAUUGAAAAAGAAUCAAUAAAGCAGGCAAAAAAAGCUUUAGCUCACUGUCAUUUGAACAGUGAAUUUUUUGGAAGUAAAGAAGAAAUUGAUUCAGAACGUAUCCUACUACGUGCUGGUAUUAAAAAACAGCUAUUAAAUGAUAAACUUAAACAGCUAUAUGAUAAACAAAAUGACAGUAUAGAAAACCCAGAUGAUCAACAAAAUUCAUAUGCUGAUGUUAAAAUUGAUAACGUAUGUUUAACAUUAAAAAAAAACACUUGAUAAAAAUUUACAAACUGGUGAUAUUGCUGAUUGGUUUGUCAUUGUAAUAACAGAAGGUCAAAAUAUUUGGGUAUCAUCACCAGUGACAUGUGAAGUUGGUGAUCCAUUUAUUGAAUUUACAAAUUUUACAAUUACAAUGACAAAAUUAUCACCAAAUUUAAAGAUAAACAUUGAAAUUUAUAAUUUAAAAUUAAAAACAGAAUGUGCAUAUGAUGAUAUUAUCAAGCGUCAUAUAAAUCAUUCAGAUAAAUUAACAAUAUGUCCAUCACCAAAAAAAUUAUCAUCAAAAAAAAA